UUCUCCCACACUAGUCUUGUCCGGAAAUCCCAAUCUCCUCCGCGAGCUUGCGCCUAAACCCUAGCUCGCUUCCCGAUGGCGCCGAAGAAGCGCAAGGCCGAUCCCGCCGAGUCCGCCGCCGCCGCGGAGGCAGCCGCAGGCAACCACCGCCAGGAGCCGGCGUCCUCGGAGCCCAAGCCCCGCGGCACCAUCUACUUCCCCAUCACCGACGACCCGCCCGAGUCCACUGCCCCCGACGAGGACGAGGACGACGGCGCCGGCGACGAUGAGGACGACGCCGAGGACAUCGCCAAGCUGCUCGAGCCGCUGUCGCGGGAGCAGCUCGUCGCGCUGCUCCGCACGGCGGCGGAGGCGAGCCCCGCCACGAUGGCGGCCGUGCGCCGCGCCGCGGAGGCCGACCCCGCCAGCAGGAAGCUCUUCGUCCACGGCCUCGGCUGGGGCGCCGGCGCCGAGGACUUGCGCUCCGCAUUCUCGCGCUUCGGCGAGCUCGAGGACUGCCGCGUCAUCUCCGACAAGCAGUCCGGCAGAUCCAAGGGCUACGGGUUCGUCCUCUUCCGCUCUCGCCGCUCUGCGCUCCGCGCCCUCAGCCGCCCCCAGCUCCAAAUCGGAGGCCGUCUUGCUUUCUGCCACCUCGCCGCCUCAGGCCCCGCGCCCCCAGCUUCUCAGUCUCAGAACCCUAGCUCCAACGCCAACACCAAUGCCAACUCUAGCUCCAAUACCACCACCAACGCUUCUGGUUCCUCGUCGUCGCAACCAGAUAAUAUGCAGCGCAAGAUAUUUGUUGGUAAUGUGCAUGCUGAUGUGGACGUGGACCGCCUAUAUGAGUACUUUGCACAAUUUGGUGAGAUUGAAGAGGGACCGUUGGGCUUUGACAAGAACACUGGCAAACCAAAGGGAUUUGCAUUGUUUGUUUACAGGUCUGCAGAGAGCGCUCGCCGUGCUUUGGAGGAGCCAAUGAAGAAUUUUGAUGGCAAGACACUAAAUGUGCAGAAAGCCAUAGAUGGGAGGACCAAGGGCUCAUCUGGAGCGAAUACAAAUGCUAACUCCAAUCCCACUACUGCAUCUGUGGCCGCCGCUGCCGCCGCCGCAGCGCAGAUGACUGCUCCUGCCAGUGCCGCCAUUAGCCCAUAUGAUGCAUCAGCAUAUGGUGCUACUGCGGUUCCUGACAUGAGUUUUGCACAACAAGCUGCUAUGCUGGGAUUAGGUGCACAGCAACAGGCAUUCGCUCAACCCAAUGCAAUGCUUGCCAUGAUAGCGGCAAUGCAGAACCCAGCUGCACUAGGGAUGACGCCAGCCAUGCUUGCUGCUAUGAACCCAGCCUUCGCUGCUGCUGCACUGGGUGCAGGGGGGCAGCAGGCACACACAGCUGGUCUCACGGGUUUUGGAGCUCAGGGUUUUGGGUCACAGGCGUUUGGAGCAGGAGGUGCAGCUUUCCCUAAUGCAGCAGGUGUUCAAGCAGCAGUUGCUGCAUAUCAAGGAGCUGGAGCUCCUCCUGGUUUUCAAGGGCCACCUGGGUUUCAGGUUGGACAAGCAACUACCCAGACAAGCACUGCAGCUGCUGCCGCUGCCAGUGCUGCUGGUUAUCAGGCUGGGGCAGCUGGGCAGGGCCAGGUGCCUGGUGCUCAGAUUGGAGGCACUGGUUUUCAGGGUGGAUAUUGACAGAACUAGUUUGGCAUCUGCGGGUCGUGGUUCGUUCGUGUGGUUUUGCAUUCGGAUGGCUUUUAAGUCUAUAUUGGUGCCAAAAUGUUGCGAAAGGCUUCCUGCUGUUGAAUUUUACAACCGGAUUUGAAUCAGAUGCCUUUGUAGCAGUAUUUGGAGGAGGAACUUUCUUGAAGGAUUAUGUCGUUUUAUUGCCAAAUAUGUAGUUUUGCUAUCGCGACUUCAUUAUGUACUUUGUGGAUCUGUACUGGGUUUCAUGUACCAAAAUAUCUGUAUUUUUACUAGUUGGCUGUUACCUGGUCUUAUGAACCAUGUCAAAUGGUUUUGUGGGCACAAUCGGAGACAUUUUAACUGCAGUUGCUGUGCUGUUUGGAGGUAUGGGGUAUUCAUGGCUUUUGCCUUAAACCUGGAAA